AAUUCCAAAGUUCUCUUUUUUUUCACCUUUCACUCCAACCCAUAUCCUCUCUCUCUUUCUCUCUCUCUCUCUCUCUCUGAACAAGCUUUAAUAGUGGUAAAUCUCAACCUGUUUUUGAACAAUAUCAUAGUACUUUAUUGCAACAAGUGUUGUUCUGUUUUUAUUUACAAAACAGAGUUGUUCUGUUCUGUUUUGUUCACAAGAAGAAGAGGAUGUUGUUGUAGUGUUAUUAAUUGUUGUGAUUGAGCUCAAAGGUGAAUUAUUAUGGUAAGAGAAGAAGGGUAAAAGUGGAAAAGAGAAAAAGAGAAAAGGAACAGUGAUGGUAAUGGUACUAGGAACAGAGAAGCAUGUUGUUGAUAAUGGAUGGAGUCCAAUAGGGGCCCCACUAAAUGUACAGAGAGAUGAUCAACAACAACAACAUUGGACUAACAACAACAAUAAUAGUUUCGAUAGUUCGGUUAAUGCUGUCUCUUUUGGUUUUGUUGCUACUGCAAUUCUUAUUUCCAUGUUCUUACUCAUGGCUAUUUUUGAGAGGUUUCUUGCACCUUCUUCACAAGCUUUGUUUCCUAACCGUCGCCGGAGCCGUCGUGCCGUUGAGUCUCCGAUGAGGAAACUCAGCCACCCAUCACCGAAAAUGAGUAUUUUUACUAGCUGGGUUUCAGUUCUAAUGCCCGGAGAUGAGAUUCCUACUUUCAUUGCUCAUCCUGCGCCGAUACCGUGUCGCCCGGAACGAAUUUCAUGGCCUUCUCAUCAUCAUCAUCAUACAGCAUUGUCUUGUUCCACUUCUAGUGUUAUGCCUAAUAUGAAUCAAGUAUGAAUGAGAAGAAUUGAACUGAAUUGAACAUGACAAUGUUGUGCAAUCUGCAUAUUGAAUGAAAGGGUUGAUGAAUAUUAAUUUAUGUGUAACAUUCAUCAAAUUUUAUCCAUGAGUUUAUGAGUUUUCUUUAAAGCUUAUGUUAUCAUGAUUGUAUAUAAGAUUUAGUUUAGGUGUUUCUCAAUGGACGAACAAGUGUUGUUCUCUUCAUUAGUAUGUAGACUUUCUCUUAGUA